AUGUCUACCAUUACUCCAGAGUCUAUUCCAGGCUUUCAUGCCGUCGGGCGUACCACUGGAACUACAGAAGACUUGAAGGGCCUCUCAUUCGCGACAACCUGCCCACCCGAUAUUGGCCCAAGAACUCGCCUCAUCGCAGUUUGUGGCAUCACCGAUGACGAAGACGACGCUAGUCCAGCGAAGGACGGUUGGUUCUUGUCGGACUUCUAUCUGUUCCAUUAUCUCUUUUCUGAUCUCCACGGGCCAACAGCGUCUCAGAUAUGGAUGACUAGCGAAAAGCCUGAAGACCUUGUGCGGAAGUACAAAGAAUACGUGCAUGGAGAUCCAAGGGGAGAGCGAAGAGUUGUACUGGACAAGAGCAUGCUGCCCGGGAUUGAACAAAGUGGGAGCUUACGCGUUGUCUCAAGGAAAGAUCUUCUAGAACGGUUCUUGUGCACCCUGCGCGAACAAUCGCUCCUGGCCAAGACUAAUGAUCAGCACUUGGUCGUCAUGGUUUUUGGUCAUGGGGAUGAACGAACAUAUGGCGUGGCUCUCGGCGGAUAUAAACCAAACCUCCAUAUUGAAAAUGUCAAGCGCGCUCUGCAGCCUGACACCUCUGUCACACUGUUCAUGACUUCAUGUUACUCUGGUGGCUGGAUUGUACAGCCGAACACCAUGAGAUCUAGGUAUAUCAAUGCCACUGGAAUAACUGGAGCAGGACCAAAAGCAGAAAGCAAAUCUUGGCCAGAGAGCUCCAGCCUUCGUCGAGCAUGUGGAAGUAUAAUUGCGAGUGCCAUUCUACAAACCAGCAUCGCGAUUGAGGAGUCACAAGAGACAGUUGCCGUCCACACAGACCCCACUUAUUACUCAUUUGCGCAGUCUGUAUACGAUUCGUAUAAAAGGCUCGAUCCUCUCGCUGAUACGCACAAGAUCCAUUUCUCUGCUCAAGAUGAUCAGUGGGCGCUUCACUUCAAAUGUCGCAGUGGUAUGCCGCUAUCACAAUUGAAGUUGCGCUGGGAGUCACUGCGCUCUGUGCCCCUAGGGGAUUAUCAUUCUGAAGGUUCAGACGGGCAUGGUACGGGCACUAGUCGAUACGGAACGGCCAGAAAACUCAGCAAGGUGAAAUACGCCGCCCUAUACUAUUUUCACUGUGCCAACCCUGGUCCGCACAAUAACGCGUCAAAUAUUGGAUUACAUGGCCAACUGAUGGCCUUGCUCAGUGGCAGGGAGAAAUUCAGCGACGAGGAGCUUGACGAGAUGUUCGAAACGCUGAGAUACCGACUCGAUGCGCUUGCCCAAGCCGAUGAACUUGCUAUGGUGAUGGGUGUCGCCAACGAAACUUUUAAUGCAUAUUCAUAUGUUCAUGAGACUUGGAAACAGUCACCAGAGGAAGAUAAGCUUGACUUUUUCGCGUGGCGUUUACUAGUUGAGAAAGAGCUAGUAGAUAGACCAAUCGAGGGCCAUUUUUGGCCAAAGCCCGUGAAAUUUCUCUGUGCUUGUUUAGUCAUGUCUGGGCUAGACUAUGAUGAAAUUGAGCAAAGAAUCGAAAUCGCAGAGAGCUAUAAACGCACACAAGCAGAAGCCAUCUCGGAGUUAUAUGGCAGCCAAAUCAUGAGGGACGAGGAGGUGAUCCGUGGCCGCGAGAAGUUGCUAAACAAAAUGACUAGCCUUGGACGCAAAGUUCGGGCAGUCUUUCGCCACUGA